CCAAAAACACGUGCUUCCAAUUCGUCGCGGCAGAAAACAUUUUUUUUCGUGAGGGCAAAAGCGAAUUCGACGACUCUAACAAAAAAGAUCAAACGGGAAAGAAAAAAGAAAGAAAACGGCAAAAGAUCAAAGGAGGCGGAAUUCAAAUCCUAACAUUAAACUAAAUAUUACAAACCUGUUUCACGUCCGUGUUCCCAAACUCAUACUCCCUUCUUCAACUUUCAUAUUUGCCCCCCCUCUCUCUCUCUCUCUCUCUCUCUGAAUUACACCCAAUUGAUUUGCGUACUUGUAAAACCCUAACUCGUAAUCUUGCAACCCCACGCGCCGCCUCUUUUGUUCUUUCGUUUUCUAUUGGGUUUUGAGUUCAAUUUGAUUUGUUACAUUUUGGGCUUCACUCUAUUCUAUUCGGUUCUUCAAGUUCCAGUUUGCGAGCUGGCUAUGGACUACGAGCCCUAUGAUAGCAGUGGAACUGAUGAUGAUCUUCCUCCAUCACAUCAAAAUAGGAUUCCAAGAGGUAGUGGUCGCAUUACUGGAAAUGGAAGGUCUGCUGUUAUUGGUUCUGUUCCCUAUCAGAGGAUGUACGGUGAAACAGAUAUGGAGGCCCAAAUUCACCAACUUGAGCAAGAAGCAUACAGUUCAGUUCUAAGAGCUUUUAAAGCUCAAGCUGAUGCCAUUACAUGGGAGAAAGAAAGCUUGAUAACUGAGUUAAGAAAAGAGUUACGGUUGUCCAAUGAAGAACAUAGAGAACUUCUUGCUAGAGUUAAUAAUGAUGAUGUCAUCAGAAGAAUAAGGGAAUGGAGGCAAUCUGGUGGGCAUCAACCUGGUAUGCUUGGUGCUGGUCAAUCUGUUCAUGAUCCAAUACCCAGCCCUUCUGUCUCAGCGUCACGGAAGAAACAGAAGAUAGCCCAAUCUUUACCUUCUCAAUCCUUUGCUGGACCAUCUCCUACUUUUCAUCCACCUCCAGUGACUGCUGCAAACCAGCCAUCUUCAUCAGCUGCCAAGAGAGGACCAAUGGUGGGGCCAAAGGGUAAAAAGCAUAAAUCUGGCCAGAUGAUGCCUGGUGCGUCUUCGAUGAAAAUGCAGUACCCUACUCCUGGUCCUUCUGGAAGAGUCCAAUUUGGUAAUCGGGUUUCUGAACCUGCUGAAGCAGCAUCAUUUGAUCCAUUGAUUGGAAGGAAAGUGAAAACUAGAUGGCCUGAUGACAAUAAUUUUUAUGAAGCACUCAUAACUGAUUUUAAUCGAGCUGAGGGUAGACAUGCGCUUGUUUAUGAUAUGGGUACUGCAAAUGAGACGUGGGAAUGGGUCAACCUUGCUGAGAUUUCUCCUGAGGAUAUCCAGUGGGAGGGUGAAGACCCUGGAAUUUCUCAUCAUGGAAAUUAUGGUGGAUUAGGUCAUGCCAUGACUAGACCUGUUGGACGUGAUAGUGCUCCAGGUGCUGGGAGAGGUCGGGGCUUCACUAAAGCUCAGUCCAGAAAAGAUUUUCCACCAUCACAGAAUGGCAUAGGAAAGAAGGGAUCUGAUGAUAUUCAGUUACUUCAUACUGAUACAUUGAUCAAAGAGGUGGAGAGGAUCUUUGGUGCUGGCCAUCCAGAUCCUCUGGAGGUUGAGAAGGCAAAGAAAGUGCUGAAGGAGCAUGAGCAGGCACUUCUAGAUGCCAUUUCAAGGCUUGGAGAGUUGUCUGAUGGUGAAAGUGGUGAAUUUUCGGGUGGGGAAUGCCAUUGGAAAAAGAGGAAAAGGAAAAAAGUUUGUGAAAAAGAAAAGUAAGAAAGAGAAGGAAAAAAGAAAAAGAAGAAAAACAAUGAAUAAAAAAUGGCGUUGAGGUGACAUGCCACGUGGUGUCCACCUCACCCAAAUGUCAGGCCAUGUGGACAACCAUUAAAAAGAGUGAUAUUUUUGGAUACUUUGACAAUGUCAGGGGCGUAUCUAAGGACAAACUUAGCUAAUAAAAAAGAGGGGUAUUUUUGACCCUUUUCCCUUGAAAUUAUGUUUCUAAUGGAAAAAUGUUUGAGAAGAUGUGUUUCUGUGAAAAUGAAGACUGGAAACAAGUGAUCAAUCUGACUUGGUCUGAUUUCUUAUUAUGCCUUAUUUUUUAUGAAAAAGAAUUCCUAUUGUUUGUCUUUCCAAAAAAAAAAACCCAACAGAAUUCAAUCUGUCAGAAUCGCUAGCGUACUUAAGUGCUUUGUCUUGUACAAUUUAAAAUUAAAAUGUUCUCACCAGAUUGUUUACAGCUUCAACUAUCGAAAACGAUUUUGGUGAAUCAUGAGUGAAUAUCUUGUCCAAAUGAGGGUGAUUUUGUGGAAGUGAAAGUAUAAAAGGGGGUUUCUCCUUUUUUCCGUGGGUGGGGUGGGAAGGAGUUUACCAUAUAGAAUGUGUUCACCAUCAGUAUUGUUGUCGGUGCAUCUCUCAUUGAAGCAUGUCCAGUGUUGUUUCUGCAUGCCUAUGAAAACAAACUGAAAUGUCAUAAACUUGUUCUAU